CUUGCUUCUCUUUGGUUUUUUGUAUGAUCCCAAAACCAACACAAAAUGGCUUUUCUUUUUAUGCUAAUCAUUAUCAUUAAUCUGUUUUUUGUUCUAUCUCAAAUUUCAUUUGCAACGGAUACUAUCACUCAGUCAACUCCAUUUCUUGAUGGCAGCACUUUGGUUUCUAAAGAUGGAACCUUUGAAAUGGGAUUCUUUGGUAAUUCCUCAAACCGUUAUAUAGGAAUUUGGUAUAAAAAUAUCCCGGUUCGAAGAGUUGUUUGGGUUGCAAAUCGCGAUAAUCCAACCAAUGAUAGUUCGAGCAAGUUGAUCAUAAACCAUGAUGGAAACCUUUUGCUUCUCAACCACAAUGAAUCUUUUGUUUGGUCAAUAAAUACAACAAGAAAGACUUCGGGUCCCGUUGUCCUUCAGCUUUUGGACACCGGAAAUUUAGUACUCAAAUAUGAGAACUCAAAUUCAUAUUCGGAGUCGAAUUUAGGAGAAAAUUUUUUGUGGCAGAGUUUUGAUUAUCCGUGUGAUACAGUAUUACCAGGAAUGAAGUAUGGGUGGAACAAAAAAACCGGAUUGGAAAAGGGUCUUGUGGCUUGGAGAACCGCGAAUGAUCCAUCUUCGGGUGAUUUAUCUUUAUACAUGAUGCAUACGAACAAUCCCGAAUCCAUACUUCGGAAAGGAUCAACAAAAUAUUAUAGGACAGGACCAUGGACAUGGAAUGCUCAAACUAGUGGAGUUAUUGGAUUAAAGACUAAUCCAGUUUAUAAUUUCGAGUUUAUGGACAACGAAGACGAAGUUUAUUAUAGGUUCACACUCAAAAACAAAUCUGUGAUAUCUAUAAUAGAUAUCAACCAAACCCUUUCGUCGCGCCAACGUCUUCUUUGGGUUCCCGAGUUGAAAACAUGGAGUGUUUACCAAUCAUUGCCACUUGAUGCUUGUGAUGUUUACAAUUUUUGUGGCGCGAACGGACGUUGCAUCAUUGACGAUUCGCCAAUGUGUCGAUGUUUAGAUGGGUUUGAGCCAAAAUCUUAUCCGCGAUGGAAUGCAAUGGAAUGGACACAAGGAUGUGUGCGGAGUGGAAAUUGGAGUUGUGGAGUUAAAAAUCGAGACGGAUUUCGUAAAUAUUCCGGGAUGAAGUUUCCGGAUACUACAAAUUCCUGGAUCGAUCUAAACAUGACACUUGAUCAUUGCAAAAUAAAAUGUUUGCAAAAUUGUUCUUGCACUGCUUAUACAUACUUGGAUCUAACUAGAGAAGUUAGUGGUUGUUCUCUUUGGUUUAGUGAUCUUCUUGAUUUGAGACUUUCACAAGGUAGUGGCCAAGAUUUAUAUGUUCGUACAGAUGCUAGUUCAGAUAAUGAUGCUAAACAUGGGCAAAAGAAAAAGGUGAUUUUGGAGUUUUCUACCACAAUUCCAAUUGCCCUUUUGAUGCUAUUGGCAAUCUCCUACAUUUAUAUAACCAAAGCAAAAUCUAAAGGGAAAAAUCUCCAAGUGGGGCAUGAAGAUUUUGAGCUUCCUCUAUUUGAUGUAGCCACAAUGCUCAAGGCUACCAAUAACUUCUCAUUAGAUAAUAAACUCCGCGAAGGUGGUUUUGGACCUGUAUAUAAGGGUACAUUGAUAGAUGGACAAAUAAUUGCUGUCAAAAGGCUUUCAGGAAAUUUAGAUCAAGGGUUGAUAGAAUUUAAAAAUGAAGUCAUAUUAUGUGCUAAAUUGCAACAUCGGAAUCUUGUGAAGGUUCUUGGUUGUUGCCUUGAUGGAGAGGAAAAAAUAUUACUAUAUGAAUAUAUGCCUAAAAAAAGUCUUGAUUUCUUUAUUUUUGAUCCGAUUCAAAGUAAACUGAUAGAUUGGUCUAUGCGUUUUAAUAUCUUGAAUGGAAUUGCUCGAGGACUUCAAUAUCUUCAUCAAGAUUCUAGGUUAAGGAUCAUUCACAGAGAUUUGAAAGCGAGUAAUAUUUUAUUAGACAAUGAAAUGAACCCUAAAAUUUCAGAUUUUGGCCUAGCUAAAAUGUUCGGAGGUGAUCAAAUCGAAGGAAAGACAAGAAGAAUAGUUGGAACAUAUGGUUACAUGGCGCCUGAGUAUAUCAUUCAUGGAUUAUUCUCCAUAAAAUCUGAUGUAUUCAGCUUUGGCGUGUUAUUGCUAGAAGUAAUAAGUGGAAAGAAAAAUAGAUCACUUACCUAUCACGAACAUGAUCAAAAUCUUCUUUGGCAUGCGUGGAGAUUGUGGAGAGAGGGAAUUCCACAUGAAUUGAUAGAUAAUUGUUUAAAAGACACGUAUGUUCAACAUGAAGCUUUACGAUGCAUUCAAAUAGGUCUUCUAUGUGUGCAACAUGUCCCUGAUUAUAGGCCAAGCAUGCCACAUGUGAUAAUGAUGUUAGGCAGUGAAAGUACUUUACCUCAACCAAAAGAACCUGGUUUCUUAAUUGAAAUGAUCGCGAUUGAAGAACAAUCUCUUUCUGAAAGACAAGCAUCUUCUGUGAAUGAAGUAACUCUUUCAAUAUUAAGUUCUAGAUAGAUAAAUUAAUAUA